GUGGAGCGGGCUGCGAACCCACGUGGGUCCUGCGUGUGCUUCUAGGUCCUUGGAACCCGGUCCUUUAAACUCACCCCCGGCUUAGUAGACAUGGGUCGUUCGGGGAAGUUGCCCUCCGGGGUCUCGGCCAAGUUGAAACGCUGGAAGAAAGGCCACAGCAGCGACAGCAACCCGGCCAUCUCCCGCCACCGCCAGGCCGCCCGCAGCCGCUUCUUCAGCCGGCCCUCAGGAAAGAGCGACUUGACAGUUGAUGCGGUAAAGUUGCAUAAUGAGCUGCAGUCAGGAUCCCUGCGUCUGGGUAAAAGCGAAGCCCCUGAGACUGCCAUGGAAGAGGAAGAGGUGGGACCAGCUCUCACCGAGAAGUCUUCGGGCACCUUCCUGAGCGGCCUCUCCGACUGCACAAACGUCACCUUCAGCAAAGUGCAGCGCUUCUGGGAGUCCAGCUCGGCUGCCCACAAGGAGAUCUGUGCUGUCUUGGCUGCUGUCACCGAGGUGAUACGCUCCCAGGGUGGGAAGGAGACAGAGACUGAGUACUUUGCUGCCCUGAUGACAACAAUGGAAGCGGUGGAGUCCACGGAGUCUCUGGCCGCUGUUGCUUACCUGCUGAACCUCGUCCUGAAGCGCGCGCCCAGCCCUGUGCUCAUUAAGAAGUUCUCUGAUACCUCCAAAGCCUUCAUGGAUAUCAUGUCAGCCCAGGCCAGCAGUGGCUCCACCUCUGCCCUCCGAUGGGUCCUCUCCUGCCUGGCCACCCUUCUGCGGAAGCAGGACCUGGAGGCCUGGAGCUACCCCGUGACCCUGCAGGUGUACCAUGGGCUGCUGAGCUUCACUGUGCACCCCAAGCCCAAGAUCCGGAAGGCUGCCCAGCAUGGAGUGUGCUCCGUCCUCAAGGGCAGUGAAUUCAUGUUUGGUGAAAAGGCCCCUGCCCAUCACCCUGCUGCCAUGUCCACUGCCAAGUUCUGCAUCCAGGAGAUCGAGACGUCUGGAGGCUCCAAGGAGGCCACCACCACGCUGCACAUGCUGACCCUGCUGAAGGACCUGCUGCCCUGCUUCCCGGACAGCCUGGUGAAGAGCUGCAGUGAGACUCUCCUCCGGGUCAUGACUUUGAGCCACGUGCUGGUGACAGCCUGUGCCAUGCAGGCCUUUCACAGCCUCUUCCAUGCCAAGCCAAGCCCGGGUACCCUGCCAGCAGAGCUCAACGCCCAGAUCAUCACGGCCUUGUACGACUACGUUCCCAGCGAGAAUGACUUACAACCCCUGCUGGCCUGGCUGAAGGUCAUGGAGAAAGCCCACAUCAACCUGGUUAGGCUGCAUCGGGACCUGGGACUGGGCCACCUCCCUCGCUUGUUUGGAACUGCGACAACCUGCCUCCUCUCCCCCCACUCGCAGGUGGUGACAGCUGCCACCCAGUGCCUUCAGGAGAUCCUGAAGGAGUGUGUCGCUCCCCACAUGGCUGACAUCGGCUCCGUGACCUCCUCGGCCUCAGGCCCUGCCCAGUAUGUUGCCAAGAUGUUCAGUUCCUGGUGCCGGCCAUGGACUUCCACGGCCCUGACUGCCCACUCCCUUGGCAGGGCAGUGGAGGAAGGCCUGACAUACAGAUUCCACGCAUCAUGGAGCUCCGUGCUGCAGCUGCUGUGUGUCUUCUUUGAGGCGUGUGGGAGACAGGCCCAUCCCGUGAUGAGGAAGUGCCUCCAGUCCCUGUGUGACCUGCGCCUCUCCCCCUACUCCCCCCACAUGGCAGCUCUGGACCGCGCAGUGGGCGCUGCCGUGGCCAGCAUGGGCCCCGAGGUGGUUUUAGAGGCUGUGCCUUUGGAAAUUGAUGGCUCUGAAGAGACUCUGGAUUUCCCUCGGAGCUGGCUGCUGCCUGUCAUCCGAGACCACGUCCGGGAAACUCGACUUGGUUUCUUUACCGCUUACUUCCUGCCUCUGGCUACCACCCUGAAGAGGAAAGCAAUGGACCUGGCCCAGGCAGGCAGCACAGUGGAGUCCAAGAUCUACGACACGCUCCAGUGGCAGAUCUGGACCCUCCUGCCUGGGUUCUGCACGAGGCCCACAGAUGUGGCCACCGCCUUCAAAGGGCUGGCGCGGACGCUGGGCACGGCCAUCAGCGAGCGCCCAGACCUGAGGGUCACUGUGUGCCAGGCCCUGCGCACCCUCAUCACCAAGGGCUGUGAGGCGGAGGCCGACCGUGCUGAAGUGAGCCGCUUUGCGAAGAACUUUCUGCCGAUCCUCUUCAACUUGUACGGGCAGCCCGUUGCAGCCGGAGACACCCCGGCCCCUCGCCGGGCCGUGCUGGAAACCAUCAAAACUUACCUCACCAUUACUGAGCCUCAGUUGGUGAAUGGUUUCCUGGAAAAAGCCAGUGAGAAGGUGCUGGACCCUGCUAGCUCUGACUUCACCAGAUUGUCCGUCCUGGACCUGGUCGUGGCCUUGGCUCCCCACGCUGAUGAAGCCGCCAUCAGCAAGCUGUACUCCACCAUCCGGCCCUACCUAGAGAGCAAGGCCCAUGGGGUACAGAAGAAGGCCUACCGCGUGCUGGAGGAGGUGUGCGCCAGCCCCCAGGGCCCUGGCGCCCGCUUCGUGCAGAGCCACCUGGACGACCUGAAGAAGACCCUUCUGGACUCGCUACGGAGCACCUCCUCGCCCGCCAAGAGGCCCCGUUUGAAGUGCCUCAUACAUAUCGUGAGGAAGCUCUCCGCCGAGCACGAGGAGUUCAUCAGCGCCCUCGUCCCGGAGGUGAUACUCUGCACCAAGGAGGUGUCGGUGGGAGCUCGGAAGAAUGCUUUUGCGCUGCUGGUGGAGAUGGGCCACGCCUUCCUUCGGUUUGGCCCAGACCCAGCAGAGGCCCUGCAGCGCUACCUCGUCCUGAUCUACCCCGGUCUCGUGGGCUCUGUGACCAUGGUCAGCUGCAGUAUCCUGGCCCUGACCCACCUCCUUUUCGAGUUUAAAGGUUUGAUGGGGGCCAGCACGAUGGAGCAGCUGCUGGAGAAUGUGUGCCUGCUCCUGGCCUCCCGUACCCGCGACGUAGUCAGAUCAGCACUGGGCUUCAUCAAGGUGUCAAUGGUCGUCAUGGACAUGGCACACCUGGCCAAGCACGUGCAACUGGUGAUGGGAGCCAUCGGGAAGCUCUCGGACGACAUGCGGCGGCACUUCCGCAUGAAGCUUCGGAACCUGUUCACCAAGUUCAUCCGCAAGUUCGGGUUCGAGCUGGUGAGGAAGCUCCUACCAGAGGAGUACCAGAAAGUCCUGGUGAACAUCCGGAAAGCAGAGGCCCGGGCCAGGAAACAGCGGGCCCUGAGCCAGGCCGCAGCGGAAGAGGAGGUGGAGGAGGAGGAGCCCUUCCGGGGCAAAGGCGACAGCAUCGAGGAGAUUUUGGCUGACUCGGAGGACGAGGAGGACGAAGAGGAGGAGAGGAGUCGGGGCAAGGAGCAGCAGAGGCUGGCCCGCCAGAGGGGCCGCGCGUGGCUGAAGGAGGGUGGCGGGGAUGAGCCCCUCAACUUCUUGGACCCCAAGGUGGCCCAGCGAGUCCUGGCCACCCAGCCUGGGCCAGGUCGGGGCAGGAAGAAGGACCACGGCUUCAAGGUGAGCGCCGACGGCCGUCUGAUCAUCCGUGAGGAGGAGGAUGGCGACGCCAAGAUGGAGGAAGAGGAAGGCGCUAAAGGUGGGGCCACCUGCCCAUUCAGGAGCUGCAGCUGGCCUGGGCCAGGGCUGCUCUCAUUUGCUCAUUCAUCCACUCAUUUAUUUGUUCACUCAGCAACCAUUCUGGGGGGAAACAUAGGGGAGGAUGAAGAGAUGGCUGACCUGAUGGAAGACGUGGGCAUCAGGAGUAAAAAGCACCAGAAGCUCAAGCACAAAGAGGCUGACAGUGAGGAGCUGGAGGUGCCCCCUCAGUACCAAGCGGGAGGCUCUGGCAUCCAUCGCCCUGUGGCCAAGAAGGCUACCCCCGGGGCCGAAUACAAGGCCAAGAAAGCAAAGGGUGACAUGAAGAAGAAAGGUCGGCUCGACCCCUACGCCUACAUCCCCCUCAGUAAAACCAAGCUCAACCGCAGGAAGAAGGUGAAGCUGCAGGGACAGUUCAAAGGCCUGGUGAGAGCUGCCCAGCGGGGCUCCCAGGUGGGACACAAGCUCCGCAGAAAGGAUCAACGGUCCUGAGCCCCGGGACCCCCUGGGCUGCUCUGUGGUCCAGCCUGAGGCCCCUUUUUAGCCCUCAAGCUGCCAUGACGCCAGGUCCAGAUGCAGCAGUCAGUGGGAGAGCCUGGACUCAGAAUGACUUGUUGGAACCAGGACUGGUUCCCAGAGGUGCCCUGGAUUUUGGAAGCUCCAAAUGGGAGUCACCCUUUAGAGAUGUCCCUGGGGCCUGGAGAUGGGAAUAUGGCCUCAGUGCCUCUGGGUAGGCUAGCAAGAAGGCUGUGCUUUCCGUCCAGAGUGUUUGCAACAGAAGAGAUGGUCUUCCUUUCCUCUGGCUGCCUGUCGCCAUGUGGCACUCUGCCUGGCUGCAGUCUGGCUUUGUGAGAUUUGCUAUGAUCAGACGUAGAAUAAAGAUGCAACACUAUGUGUUGUACCUAGAAA